AUGAAAUGGUUCAACUGGUUUGCAGCUGUUUUGAGUGUACGGUGUGUCAGCGGGCUGGUACAGAAUUACUGUUCUAGUGAGAACACGGGAUCCGAAGAGGUAACUAAUACGUGGCAGAGUAAUGGGUAUUGUUCGGACUAUUGUCGCGGUAAAUCAUAUGAUUAUGCUAUAGUGCAAGAUUAUUCAUGCUGGUGUUCGAAUGAUUUGCCGUCUUCGGACGAGCCUGUGAGCUCGUGCAGUCACAUAUGUCCUGGCUACUCCGUCGAGCAUUGUGGGAACCCUGACUCGGGGUUGUAUGGAUACUUAUAUCUCGGAUCUGGGACUCCGCCCUCGAUCACUUCGAGCUCUGGUUCGUCUGGUUCUUCUUCUACUGGAACUUUUGGCUCGAGUACGAGUGAGCAGGGUAGUUCCACGACAUUAUCCAGUUCCGGCACGAGUAGUCCGAGCGUAACGUCGGCCACGACAUCAACUUCGAGUACGAGUUCGACUUCAAGCACGAGUUCGACGUCAACUACGAGUACGAGUACAAGCGCAAGUACGAGCUCGAGCUCGACUUCCUCCUCCAGCUCUAGUUCUAGUUCUAGCUCUAGCCCCAGCCCUAGUACAAGCACUACUUCUACUCUGGUGGAAACAACCGCUACCUCUGCUUCGGAAGAUUCCGAUGAAAGUGCCCUCACUAGUACCAACCCUGGAACUAGAACCAUUACCAGCGCUAGCACCAGCAAGGCAACAACUACCACGUUACAACCGUCCGUCUCUGUCAUCAUCUCGAUCGCAACAAUCACAGCGCAGCCUACCGGGAGCGGCAAAAAUAGCGCCAGCGGCAGUGGCAGUAACCAGGUGGUCACUACCAAGGUUAUCACAACGGUCUACUCGACCCCAUCAGCAGCAGCAGGAAUAGCAGUUAACACCAACCACGGAAAGUCCGGUGAUGGCGAAGUGUCAAACAAGAGUCACUCGGGCUUCUGGGACUCCGCUGGGAAAGUCGCAGGGACUUUCACCGCAGUUGGAGUGGUCGUAGUCCUUUUGCUGAUCGCACUGGUGAUCCUGUUUAUGAGAUACAGAAGAAGAAAAGAACAACAAGAUUUCGAAAAGACGUAUGACGUCGUGAAAAGAUCGGCAACAGACGCAUACUCAACGUCCAUCUCUUCACAGAACGACCCCAGCGGCAACAGCAGCACAGGAAUGGCUCCCUUCGUCUACGCAGACGAGAAAGGAAUCUUGACUCCGACCGUGAAAAAUCUGUCGCUACGGCCUGUCACUAACUCGGGGACCGCAUCAAGCGUCUCGACUCCGGCUUCUGCCACAGCACCUACAUCAGCGACAGGAAACCCACCAACGCCGUCGUCGCCUACUAAUGGAGUUGGAAUAGUACCGAAUAGCACUGAUGCCGUCGUGCUGGAUCAGAGGCUCGAUCCACAGCAUUUAAUGUCCCAGUGGGAAUCGAACGGAAGUAGACUCUCGCUUGCGGAUGAUGUGGACUACUCCCGUAAGGUCCUCCGGGUAAUAAACGAAUAA